AAUAGAAAUACCAGUUGAAUAAUAGUGUGUAGUGUAGUCCGCAUCAUUAGUGGGUUUUCUUCCAGCAAAACUGCUUUACAAUCUUUCAAUUCAAAUAACAGCAUUAGUCGAUGCCAAAUAGAAAUCUGUUUAAGUGUGUGAACAAUCAUUAUAUAUCAACUAAAAAAACGGAUUUCUUCGUAAAUUUUUAAGUUUUUUAUUCCAAUUCAAGAUAAAUAUUGAUGUAGAGGAAGUGUUAUAAUUUAUUUUUUAUAUAAGUGUUAAGUUAUAUAAUUUUUAUUAUUAUAACUUCUUGAACAUUUCGUGCUGUAUUUUCUAUCAGUGUGUUGUGAACGAGAGUGCUCUAUUAAACAGUGAUAUUUCUCUUCAAAAUAUUAUUAUAAUUAUCGUCGUCAAGAACUAAAAAACUGAUUUCUUAGUAAAUUUUUAAAGUUUUUUAUUCCAAUUCAAGAUAAAUAUUGAUGUAGAGGAAGUGUUACAUAAGAUCCGGCAUCGAAAAUAAUUUUUAUUAUUUAUUUCUUGAACAUUUCUGGUUUCAGUUUUAAUUAGAGUGUUGUGGAUGAGAGUGCUCUAUUGAACAGUGAUAUUUCUGUUCAAAAUACUAUUAUAAUUAUUGUCAACAACUAAAAAACUGAUUUCUUAGUAUUUUUUCAAAGUUUUUAUUCCAAUACAAGAUAAGUUGAUGUAGAGAAAGUGUUAUAUAAGAUCCGGCAUCGAAUAUAAUAUUGUUAUUAUUAACUUCUUGAACAUUUCGUGGUGUAGUUUUUAUCAGUGUGUUGUGAACGAGAGUGCUCUAUUAAACAGUAGUGAUUUUUUGUUUUAAAAUACCUAAUAUUAUAUUGCCUCAGUUAUUGCGAUAUUUAUGUUAAUAUUUGGUUUUCAAACUAAUUUAUGUGGGUAUAGUCAAGACUUGUCAACUUGAAGAUUCACUGAAUUACUUGAAAAAAUAUAUAUUUUUCCAUUAAUUACAAUGGAAGAAGAGGGAAAGGUACCUCACAGCAAGCUGUACAUAUUUCUCAACUUUUUCACAAUCACAGCUAGUAUUGUGAUUAUCUACAUUAUUUGCGUUCAUGAUUCUGCAGAUGCCCUGAAGAGCUAUGAAGCUCCCAGAUCUUUGGAGUUCGCAAUCAUUGCAUUUCGACAUGGUUCACGGUCUCCAGUCUCGACUUUUCCAACCGACACAUCUCAAUGGCCCGACGGACGGAAAGUGCUAACAUCGAGAGGCAAAUCGCAGAUGUUGAAACGAGGACAGGCACUUCGAGAGCGUUAUGGGAACUUUUUCAACAACACAUUCCGCCAGCAAGACUUCUUGAUUCGAACCACGAACAGAUCUCGGACCCGAAUGAGUUUGGAGAUACUCCUGAGCGGAAUGUUCCCUCCCGAUCUGAGUCAACCUGGCAACUGGCAACCGGUCAACAUAUUGACUGACAACUUUGAUAAAACUCAUAUAGCGGCUGAUGAAAAAAUAUGCCCGAAAUAUAGUUCGGAACAGUUCACUGAUCUCCAAUUCGACGCCUAUCUUCAGAGGGAAAAGGACUUUGUUAAGUUUCUGUAUGAUAGAACUGGACUAGUCAUUCAUGAUCCACAUGAUAUGCUGAUUAUUUGGGAUGUCCUAAAGUGCUCUGCGGAGGAAGGUCUAUCGUUACCAGAUUGGGCGACAAAAAAUGUGACAAAUAAAUUGAACAACGAAAUUGAGAACAUCAUGCAUUCAGUUGUCGCUUCAUCCCCAAGAGCUACAACUUUCAUUGAAGGUCUGUUGAUCCACUAUUUCAACAACUGGCUGACUCAGAGAUCAUCAGGCAAUGCUUCGGAGAAGUUCCUGAUACAUAGUGGACAUGACUACACUUUGCUCAGUCUACUCACAGUGGUCGGUUUCAAGCACGUUGACAUCAUUCCUCCAGCAACGGUGCUUAUUUUCGAAGUCCAUAAAGCUCACAGAUCGCAUGAAGUCAAGUUGGUUCUCUACAACUCCACAUCAUUUGAGAACAGUGAAGAAAUAGCUGAACCAAUCAGUGUCGAUAUGCCGAGGUGUAGCGGAAAAUGCACUUUGGAGAAAUUUCAAUCGAUUUUGAAAGAGUAUGAAAUCGACGAAAAUGCUUGGAUUGAAAGAUGUUUUGAGCAAUAAAAACAAUAAUUUCUACAUUUUUCUUAA